AUGCGAAUGACAAACCUUUCUUCUCAAUACAGCAGUGUUGACCCACCCAGGACCCCCUCCCCUGUAGAGCAAACCUACAUUGUUGACCGCAGUGUUGACGAACCCUGGAGCCCCUCCCCUGUAGAGCAAACCUACACUGUUCACAGCAGUGUUGAGCCACACCGGAGCCCCUCCCCUGUUAAACAAACCUUCAAUGUUGAUAGCAGUGUCGACCCACCCCGGAGCCCCUCCCAUGUAAAGCAAACCUACACUGUUUACAGCAGUGUCGACCCACCCCGGAGCCCCUCCCAUGUAAAGCAAGCCUACACUGUUUACAGCAGUGUCGACCCACCCCGGAGCCCCUCCCAUGUAAAGCAAACCUACACUGUUCACAGCAGUGUCGACCCACCCCGGAGCCCCUCCCAUGUAAAGCAAACCUACACUGUUCACAGCAGUGUCGACCCACCCCGGAGCCCCUCCCAGGUAAAGCAAACCUACACUGUUCACAGCAGUGUCGACCCACCCCGGAGCCCCUCCCAUGUAAAGCAAACCUACACUGUUUACAGCAGUGUCGACCCACCCCGGAGCCCCUCCCAUGUAAAGCAAACCUACACUGUUUACAGCAGUGUCGACCCACCCCGGAGCCCCUCCCAUGUAAAGCAAACCUACACUGUUCACAGCAGUGUCGACCCACCCCGGAGCCCCUCCCAGGUAAAGCAAACCUACACUGUUCACAGCAGUGUCGACCCACCCCGGAGCCCCUCCCAUGUAAAGCAAACCUACACUGUUUACAGCAGUGUCGACCCACCCCGGAGCCCCUCCCAUGUAAAGCAAACCUACACUGUUCACAGCAGUGUCGACCCACCCCGGAGCCCCUCCCAUGUAAAGCAAACCUACACUGUUUACAGCAGUGUCGACCCACCCCGGAGCCCCUCCCAUCUGCCUGAAAUACGUUCUGUGCGUAGCUAUAAGAAGCUCAGGGUAGGGUAA